ACAUCACUUUCGCUGCGACUAGUACAGGACAGAAGGAAGUAACGAAGAAACGAACUAGGGGCUCGUUUCCGACGGUUUAGUGGACAUAAAACCAUAUGUAAUGUAAGGCCGUUAAAUCACACAUUGGGAAAAGAUAUGCGUUAAUGUAUUUGAUCCCUGAGGCCAGCAUUAGAGAGACUGCUUCUCGUCCACACUUCAUCCAGAUGAGGCAUGCUGCAAGUAUGCAGCCAGUGUACAGAAGAGAUGCCGGAGUCUGGCACCAAACAAAAAGUCUUCUCUACAAGAAUCUGCUCAUCAAAUGGAGGACCAAGCAACAGAGUCUUCAGGAAUUGAUCCUCCCUCUGCUUCUACUGGGUCUCCUGAUACUCAUCAGUACUUUAAACCCUCACGUUUAUUAUGAAGGCAUCAGCACAAUGGAACUGGACCAGGAUGACUAUUUCUUUAAGGGCCUAGGAUACACACCGAUCAACAACAUCACUAACCACAUCAUGGAAGAGGUGGCACAGGAGAUGCAUAUGCAGGAUCAUCUGGAGACCUUUACCAGUGAGGAGGACCUGGAGAAUGCCAGCCUGUACGAGCCUUCCAGCUACAUUGGUGUUGUGUUCAUGGACAGCUCUGCCAUGUCUUACAGGAUACGUUUUCCACACAACCAGCUACCCCCACCCAGCGAUUACACAGAAUCUAUUGCCAGCUGUUUCCCUGGCUUGGCCAACUGCAAAGCAGCUAAUUACUGGUACUCUGGCUUCACCCGCCUCCAGUCUCUGAUUGAUGCAGCCAUCAUUCAGAUGCAGACAAAGCGCUCAGUGCGGAGUGAGAUGGACCUGAAAGUGGUAAUGAUGGGCCAGGAAGGUUCUGUAGAGGUGCAGAAAUUCCCCCACGCGCUAAUCUCCAUCUACCUGGUUCUGGCCUUCACACCCUUCGUUACCUUCCUUAUCGUCAACGUGGCAGCUGAGAAAGAACAUCGUCUCAAAGACACCAUGACUAUGAUGGGACUCUAUGACUCUGCUUUCUGGUUGUCUUGGGGUCUCCUGUAUGCUGCUCUGGUCACCACGAUGUCCAUUCUGAUGUCCAUCAUCGCUACGUGCACGGCACUGUUCCCACAUAGUGACUUCUUUGUCAUCUUCUGCCUCAUCUUCCUUUAUGGAAUAUCAUCUAUCUUUUUUUCCUUCAUGCUGACUCCAUUAUUCAAGAAGCCCAAGUUUGCCAGCACUGUGGGCUCCAUGCUGACGGUGCUGUUUGGCUGCCUGUCACUGUUCACUGUACUGAUGAGGGACUUCCCCCAGCUGCUGGUCUGGCUCCUCUGCCUGCUGUCCCCCAGUGCCUUCUCAAUUGGGAUUGCACAGGUGGUUUACCUGGAGGCCCAGGAAGAUGGUGCUGUCUUCUCGACGCUGGCCAAAGGCCCUCAUCCUCUUUAUGUGCCCAUGAUCAUGCUGGUUGUAGACUGUAUCCUCUACCUACUGCUGGCUGUCUACCUGGACCAGGUCCUGCCUGGUGAGUUUGGUUUGAGGAGAUCCUUGGUUUACUUUCUCAAGCCCUCCUAUUGGUCCAAAGACCGAAAGCGCUACGUUGAAGUGAGCUCGGUGUAUGACGCAGAGAUAAAUGGAACUUCUGGUGUGGGCGAGUCUGUCGAACCUGUUUCACCUGAGUUCAGAGGAAAAGAAGCUAUUCGCAUCAAUAACAUCUGGAAAGUGUACAAAGACAAGGAUAAUGUGGUCGAGGCUCUGAGAGGUUUGACAUUUGACAUUUAUGAGGGCCAGAUCACCGCCCUGUUGGGGCACAGCGGGGCUGGGAAGUCCACUCUCAUGAACGUCCUGUGUGGCAUCUGCCCACCGACUGACGGCGUGGCCACCAUCUAUGGUUCGCCCGUUGCAGAAAUUGCUGACGGUUCCGAAAUGAAGCAGCUGGUGGGAAUCUGCCCCCAGUUCAACAUCAUCUUUGAUGUGCUCACAGUAGAGGAGCACCUGAGGAUAUUUGCUGCCAUCAAAGGGAUCUUGCCAGCAGACACUGACACAGAGGUUACCAAAGUACUCAAGGAUCUGGACUUGGAAAAGAUUAUGAGUGCCCAGGCCAAAAACCUGAGCGGAGGCCAGAAGAGGAAGCUGUCUGUGGGCAUCGCUAUCCUAGGUGAUCCCAAGAUUCUUCUCCUGGACGAGCCCACAGCGGGCAUGGACCCCUGCUCCAGACACCAGGUGUGGUCGCUGCUGAAAGCUCGCAGAGCUGGAAGAGUGACUGUCCUCAGCACUCACUACAUGGACGAGGCUGACAUUCUAGCUGAUCGCAAAGCCGUGAUCUCUCAAGGACAGUUGAAUUGUGUUGGCUCUUCAAUGUAUCUCAAGAUCAAGUGUGGUGUUGGAUAUCAUCUUAGGAUGUCUAUUAAUGAAAAAUGUGAUACUGAAAACAUCACAGUGCUGGUCAAGCAGCACGUUCCUAAAGCCAAACUGUCUCGACAACACGAGGCAGAGCUGAACUUCACGCUGCCCUUUGAGAGCAUGGACACAUUUGCAGGUUUGUUCUCGGAGAUGGACGGUCAGCCCCAUCUGGGAAUUAUCAACUAUGGCGUUUCCAUGACAACUCUGGAGGAUGUUUUUCUUCGUUUGGAGGCAGAGGCUGAAGUGGACCAAGCUGAUUACAGUGUGUUCAAUCGGGAGCAGGAUGAUGACGAUGGCGACAACAACUCUGUGGACGACACAGACCAGAGGCUGCUGACCUUCUCAGACAACAAGUCGGACGUGGUGUCGGGUCACGCUCUGUGGAGGCAGCAGUUUAGCACCGUGGCCUGGCUGCAUAUGCUCAACAUGUUCAGGGAGAAGAAGGCCUUCAUUUACACCCUGGCCUUGUUCCUGGUGUUUGUUGCUGCGGUGAUUGUCCUGUCUCUGGCCACAGGAAACAUCCAGAUUCACUCAACAGACCGUCAGAUUCUGCCCAUUUACCUCCUCAAACGGAACCAAGCCCCUCAGAGAUACGCCACCAGCCUCUUGGUUCAGAACUCCUCAGGUACUGAUAUUUCUGACUUUGUCCACAACCUGGAGUCUCAGGACAUCAAGGUAGAAAUGAUGAAACACAGCGACUACAUGUCUGCAGCGCCACACAGCGCCGCGUUCAACGUAACAGGAACCAGCAAGGGUUUCAAGUACAACAUUGCGUUCAACAGCACCACAGUGCAUUCACUGCCUAUGGCCGUCAAUGUGCUGAGCAACGCUCUGCUGAGAGGCCUGAAUGGUUCAGGGCAGAUCAGAACCUGGACCAAACCCUUUGAUUAUCAAAUGCCAGAUUCUACGUCCUACGCUCUGGUGUACAUAGAGGCCAUCAUACUGGGGAUGCUGGCCGCUGGAAUGCCUGCAUACUUCGCAAUGGACCACACUCGCGAUCGAGAGCUCAAGUGUCGCUCGACCCUGCGCGUCUCGGGUCUGCUUCCCUCAGCGUACUGGUGCGGCCAGGCAGCGGUGGACAUCCCCUUCUACUACCUCAUCCUGUCCUCCAUGACCAUUAUCCUUUUCUCCUUCCACACUGGAAACCUGCUCACCUCCAGCAACCUAACCGCCGUGGUUCUGUGUACUGUUGGAUUUGCUCCAGCCAUGAUCCUCUUCACUUACGUGGUUUCCUUUGGCUUCACCAGAGUCCAGAGCAACAGGGACUUCUUCUCUGUCAUCUCUAUGAUGGUGUGUGUGGUGUCAGCGUCACUGGUCCAGUUGUCUUCUGUGAAUGACAUCCCUGCUCUAAACAGAUACCUCCACAAUUUCCUGUGUUUCUUCAACCCUCUGUACCCUCUGAUGGGCUGCCUCAACUGCAUCACCAAGGCCACGUUCCUCCCUUCGCUCUACGAGGACAAUUUCUUGGGGAAGAAGCUGCUCAUUGCGGUUGUAGCUCCCUAUCUCCAGUGUAUCCUGCUGCUCUGCCUGCUCCGCUGGCUGGAAUACCGGUACGGCAGGAGGACGAUGACCAAGGAUCAGUUCUGCAGGAUGUCAUCCAAGUCGAAGCCCAAAUUAGAGAGGAACCAGGAAGAAGGUCUGAAUGAGGAUGAGGAUGUCCAGAUGGAGAGGGCCAGGGUCAAGGAGGCUCUCACCUGCCAGUCCUGUGAGGAGAAACCCGUGGUGGUUGUGGAUAACCUGAGGAAACAGUAUAAAGGAAAACGAGAAGGUUUUUCACUCAACAAGACUCGAAAAGUGGCUGCAAAAAACAUCUCCUUCUGCGUCCGUAAAGGUGAGGUUCUUGGACUGUUGGGCCCCAACGGAGCAGGAAAGACCACGGUCAUGCAUAUGUUGGCAGGUGACACGGACCCGACCGCAGGCCAGGUUCUGAUGGGGGAUUACAGCACAGAGUUUCAUCCAGUGGACAAUCCUCUGGAGCACGUGGGCUACUGUCCUCAGGUCAGUCCUCUGUGGCCCAGGGUCACCCUGCAGGAGCAUCUGGAGAUCUACGCCGCCAUCAAAGGUCUGAAAGGACAGGACGUACCAGGGAUCAUCAAACGUGUGGUGAGUGCUCUGGAGCUGAAGGAGCACCUCCACAAACAAGCCAAGAGCCUUUCAGCUGGACUCAAGAGGAAGCUGUGCUUUGCCCUGAGCAUGAUUGGGAACCCUCAGAUUGUCCUGCUGGAUGAGCCGUCAUCAGGGAUGGACCCAAAGUCUAAACAGCGCAUGUGGAGAGCCAUACGUGCUGCCUUCAAGAACCACCAGCGAGGAGCCAUUCUCACCACACACUACAUGGAGGAGGCCGAGGCCGUGUGCGACCGUGUAGCUAUCAUGGUUUCUGGACAGCUGAGAUGUAUCGGCUCCAUACAACAUUUGAAAGGAAAAUAUGGUCGAGGUUACAGUUUGGAGGUGAAGCUCAGGGAGGAGCUGACGGGCCUCCAGCAGGUGGCGCUGCUUCACAAAGAGAUCCUGCGCAUCUUUCCUCACGCUGCACGGCAGGAGAGCUUUGCUACUCUGAUGGUUUACAAGAUCCCCAUGGGCGAUGUGGGAUCUCUGGCCAAGUCUUUCGCUCAGCUUGAACGUGCCAAGCAAACGUUCAACUUUGAAGAGUACAACUUCUCCCAGUCGACCUUAGAGCAGGUGUUCAUGGAGUUUGCCAAGGAGCAGGAGAACGAGGACGAUGAGGUGGGCCCUCUCAGCACAACCUUCCAGUGGCAGCGGCUACGCCAGGACGGCUCCGUGUCCGUCAACCACACCGACAGCAUCGUGCAUCAGCUCUGAGGCCGGCUGGUGACCGACCAGGAACCUGUGUGGACCUGCCGGGCUCCAGCGCCUGCACUCGCCUGCUCCGUGCAACCCCACGCCCGCCUCCCUAAGGGACUGAGACAGGUUUGGGUGGGGGCUCACAUACACUGGGGACGAGUGAGGCUCCCGUGGGUCUGAGGUGAGCAUGUGUGGAACACUCCGUGUUUUUGAACGGACCGAGGGGCCUGCGGCGCGACAACUACUUCCCUUUCUAACAGUGUUUUGUAUCUUCACAGGGAGAAAUAUAUAUAAAUAUAUAAUAUGAUAUUUAUUCUUUGUAUCCUUCCAUCUGCUCUCCUCUGCGGGGAAGCUUUAUAGUACGUGUUUGCUCGUCUUUUCAGAAGUUCUUGUCUGUUGUGUUUGUGAACCUGAAUUUUUUAAACACUACCAGAACUGGAAUCCAUCCACAGUUGUACCAAAGCAGCACAACUCUGAACCACACACCACCACACCUCAUCACACAUUGACACUAAGAUGUAUUUUUGUUUUUAGUGUCUGUAGCAUGCGCAUAAAUGGUUCUAUUAUUGAUGUGGGGCCGUGGCCUGUUUGCUUGCACUGAAGUAAAGGCGUUGGAGCUCUCCACAGAGCCUUUAGUCUUUUCCUACCGUCAGAGCUUCGUCAGUCUUCAUUUCUCACCAGAAUGCACGUCCACGUCCACUGUUUCAGCAGGCAGACGUUGGCUGACAGAUGUUGGGAUGAAGCUUUUGGAUCGGUGAUCUUUGCCCGUGGCCUUUGUCUCGACAGGUUUAGCUUUGAACUCAAACUCGUAUCGUGGGAAUGUAGUGUAGAAUAUGCACAUCAGUAUAUGUAGCACACUGCCGUUGUCUGACGCUGACUGGCCUGUGGUGACGAGAAGCUCGACGCUCAGAUUGAUAUGCUCUUCAUCCUUUUUUUUAGCUGGACUUUGAGAUUUUAAGGAAAUAGGAUUUGAAUGUACGUUGGGCAGUUUGUAAGUCUGCAGCAAAGCUCCUCACGUGUUUCCUAUAUAACCUGUUUGGUGUGUCUGUGUUCAUUGUUGUGUAUGUGUAGCUGCAGCUGCUUUUGUGUAAUUAAUUGUAUUUGUAUAAGCUGGUGCAUUGUUGGUGCUGUCAGCAAACCAAUAAAUUGUAAUUUCUUCAUGAAAUUCAGGUGAGAGGAGGAUGAGGUCAAAGGGAAACAGAACUGACUUUAUUCAGUAGAGAGGAGGGUGUGAUGCUCGUUUAACUUCCUCUGUCAGGUUUUAUUUGACAGUGCUGCUGUGCUUUUUUCUUCAACUACCUAAAGUUCACUCUAAAGACCUGUGAAUAACACAAUUCGAUACAUUUGUCUGACAUCAUAAGCUUCAAUGCGUAACUACUGUACGACAAACUGAUCGAAAGCCAAAAAUCUUGUAAUUGGCCUGGGUUUGUGAAAAGUGCUGCUGCCUUAAGGACGCCAGGAGCACGGCCAGUGCUUGCUGUACACGAACACUAACUUCAGCCUGUUUAAUGGAGCUAAAGCAGGUUAGAACAGAUGGAAGGAGCACGCUGAUUAUGACCUCUUUCGCUUUCCGUGCAAAUCCACAACUUGAACAGUGAGGAACUAUUGAGGCUCUGUCUCUGCACUGUUGGUCGUUUUUUAAUGUUUCAAUGCAUUUCUACUCAGACUUUCUUUUUGUACACAUGUAGCCUUGUUGGACAGGAAAAAAACACUGGCUCUGCUUUAUCUGACACAUGUGGCGAGGAUGGCUGGGUUUUAUGAUGUUUCUUAUAUUCACUGUAUAUUUUAUAAGUGCAAUGUAGAGAGCAGUGAACUGGAGCAUCCAUGUGUGUUCUGUGGGUUUCACUGUGUCAGUAACAUGUAGCCAUCAGCUUGUUUUGCACUUUUCUUAUUCAGCUCUCCGUCCUGAACAAAAGAAAAUGUGUUUGGGAUGAUUUCCUUUCAUUUCUUUGGCUCUGUGGAAAACACAGGAUUGGAGCAGUUGGUGAUGAAAGUGGAGCAGGUUUCAUUUGAUUUUCCUGGUGGUGGUAAACUUGCACUAUAGAAUGCACUGAUUUCAUUUUUAACGACUGUGGUUUAGCUGUGUGCUGUAUUCUUCUCCUGUAUCUGGGUGGACACCUGCCAUUAAAGAACGUGGUCUCUACACGGCCCUGAAUAAAUGUUAAUGUUGAUCCAA